UAUCAUUUUCCCUUUGACCAAGCGUCUUCUUUGUACCCAGACAAGAACCAUAUAGCCCGAACAUCGCCCAUGCCUUGCAACACCCCACUCAGCACCCCUCCAAAUCCACCAACGUAACAAACAACACUAACAAUGUCCGAACCAGGCUUCUGCACAAACUGCGACGACUACUCCGAAGACCCCCUGAUCCCUCUUCCCUGCCGCUGCCUCUGGUGCUCAACUUGCAUAACCACCUCUUUCACCCUCGCCAGAGCAGAAGAACAUUAUCCACCCCGUUGUUGCUCAAAGCUCAAUUUUACUAACCUCAAGAAGCACCUCUCUGCUGAUCUGAUCGCAGACCUCGAGACCAAAUUCACAGUCUACGAGACCCCUGGCCACCUCCGCGUCUUCUGCGCUCACAAGAAUUGUCUAAAAUUCAUUCCUAUCAGUGGAGUAAAUGGCGAUAUCGCAACAUGCCCUUCCUGCUCCCAGAAGACUUGCAAAAAAUGCAAGGAUGUCUAUCAUGAGGGCGAGUGUGGCGUAGAUCAAAAUCUGCAAAAGACGCUGGAGCUUUGUAAAGAUGAGAACUACAAGCAGUGCAAGAGUUGUGGUGAGAUGGUUGAGAGAAAUGGAGGUCAAGGUAGGAGUGAAGGAUGUCCGCACAUGAAAUGCCCUUGUGGGUAUAAAUUCUGCGCUCAUUGUGGUGGAAAUGAGUGGCAUUGGAAUAAGUGCCUGGAGAAGAAGUAGAUUCGCACGCUGUCGAAAGCCUAGAAGGCGUGAAGAUAGAGACGUGACGGUGAGUAUGGUAUGCGUAUUUCGCGUUAGAGAUACUUAUCUCACUUCUGAUCUCUGGCUACUAUGAUGAC